UUACCUACGUGACUUUACCAAAAAAACGAAGAGUGCCGGAUAUGAUCUCUGGCUGUCAAAAGCAUCAACCUGCUUCUUCAUAAUGGCAUAUCAGAGCAUUUUCAAUGAAACCGAUGCACUCUUUCGUGUGCUGCAGAAUAAAGUAAUGGACAUUGGAUUCUGCGACACAAUGAUCGAUUCGAGCAGAAAUUCGUCACACUUGGCCUGACAGACAAUGCGAAGUAAACAGCCAGAGACGAGAGGAAAAUAAUGUUUUAUAACAUUCUGGACAAUAUCAGUGUUCAAAUGAAAGCUAGGUUUAAUCAUAUCGGUGAGAUAACUUUCCUUGGUUUAGUUGAUUGCACGAAAUUUUAUGAAAUGUCACAUUUCGAUGACACCAGACUGCAGAGCCUAUCAAAAUAUGCAAGGUACUUUGACUUUGUUAGACUAAAGGCUGACCUUAUCGGAUUGUAUAGUUCACAAAUGGUGAGGAACGAAUGCACAGCUCCUCAGCUUAUUGGCCCAGAAUGAUCUGACGCAGACGGUUCCCGAGGCGACAAAGUUACUCCAGCUGGUGGUGCUCACUAUCCCAGCUACAACAGCGUCCGUUGAAAGGUCGCUCUCUGCUUUGAAACGACUCAAAACAUACAGUCGGAAUCGGACUGACCAAGGACGACUUUCAUCCCUAGCAAUCAUCUCUACUGAGACGGAGAGACUUUUAACACUAAAAGAGAAUAAAGGACUUCAACAAAGUCACUGACAUAUUUGUCCAGAAGGAUAGGCGAAUGUACUUAAUUUACAAGUAAAGGUAAGACCAUGCAAUAUAUAUUUUCAUUUGUGUUGAAUGAGUAUGAAUAGUGGAACUGCAUUCGCCUAUAAAACGUGAAUCGAAUACGUAACUUACCUGUCUGUAUUCGUGUGUUGUAAAGAAUGCUGAUAUGAAAUAUGAAACAUACGGCCGCCUAACCAAUAGUCAUUGUGCAACCUGCCAAUUGAAUGGUAAAUUUAAGCUACCUCUAUCGGGUUCAUAUGUUUGUAAAUCUGGCUCUAAAACGAGCCAGUGCCUCCCCAACCAUUGACCUCACUGCACGUCACUGGUAGGUUCCUACCCUGGGUUCAGGGGUCGACUCGGACCCAUCAUUCCCUCCCUCCGGGGGUCGGUAAAAUCGGCACCACUUUGCGAGGAAGUCAACCGUGGGUGUUGUAUGAAUUGACUCACCCCCUGCCAUAACAUUUAGAAGUUUCAGCACAGGUUCUUUAGGUCUGUAAUCAGGAGGCGCGCCAGUGCCCUCCUGCCCGUGUGAGCCGCAGCAUCCAGGAGUAUGUCUGACGUUUCGAGUUUGGCGCCACGUGGCGAUCCGGAAGUGACGCCACCAGGAAGCGUUGGCGUGCAGUGACUCGGAGUCUCCGUGGCGCGGGAGGUGAUCUCGAGGUUAUCUCUCAGGGGCCAUCAUGAAGAAGCGGUCAUGGCUGCGCAUCUACACGGACGGCCCCGUCGACACGCAGCAGUGGGAUGUGGACCGGGCUGUUGUCGCCUCGGGCCUCUUCUUCCUACUGCUGGGGGCGGCCGGUGCUUCUCUGCUGCCCUUCCUGCCCGUCUACCUGAGCGUGCUGGGCCUCGCACCCCUGCACCUGGGGCUGGUGGCGUCCUCGCGCACGCUGGCGCACAUCGUGUGCGGCCCCAUGCUGUCGCGCUGUGCCAAGCGCAGCCGCCGGCGCCGCCUGACCAUGCUGCUGGCGCUCGCAUGCAGCGCCACGGCUACCCUCGGCCUCACCGCGGUGCCGUCGGCACAACCGUGGUCGCUCUUCCGCGGCGGCAACACCACCGUGGAGCUCGCAAACAGGAGCUCGUUUGGCGACGGCACCACAGACCCCGGCAUGACACGAGCAGCAUUUGGCAAGGCGAUUAUAGGCAGCACGCACAGAGUAAGCACCGGCCCUGCUGUAACAUCGUUUGGCACUACCUCACAACCUUUCAAUGCUACCACGCCAUCUGUUAACGCAAACUCGUCAUAUUUCAACGUCAGCUCAUCACCUUCCAGUGCUAGCUGGUCAUUUUUUGGAGGCAAAGAAACCCGUUUGCCUUCUGACGGUGUCACCAGUGGUUUUGUGAGCCCCAGCACUGUUCCUUUAAACGCCAGGCCAGCUCCUCCUGACACCAUCCUGCCAACUUCUGCCAUGGUUGAAGCUCGGCUGAACCAUCUUCCAACAAACCCGACUGGGUCAGCAGCGUUACCUGGGGUAGACGAGAAGCCAAAGGCAAACUGGAGCUCGACGUUGAGCUCCAACACCGGUUCUACCACUCUGCUGCCCAACGCCGGCAGUCACGUGUCGUCGACGAGGUGGGGGGAGUCUGAGGAGGAGGCACCGCCAACGAAGUUAAAGAGCUCGGUUGACGAUGGCGGAAAGGACAAAGAGGGGACGACAGUCAUGGUGGCGAUCAAAAAUGAAACAUUUCUUCCAGUCGGAGACGAGAACGGCAGCCGAGCGGAGCGUGCGAUAUCUUCGAACGACCUUGUCCCAGGCGAGCUCGCGUCGGUCUUGCCGCCACCGGCUAUGCCACCAGUGGCGAGGCCUGCAGUGGCCACGCUACGCCCAGCCGUCGCGCUGUCCGCGUGGCGCGUGUUCGCCCUGGUGCUCGCUGUGUCCACCGUUGGGGCGGCGCUCUCAUCACCGCUGCACUCGCUGGCCGAUGACUCCCUCUACGAGUACCUGGACCAGGUGGAUGCCACGGACAGGUACGGGCAGCACGAGCUGUGGAGCCUGCUGGGUGCGUCGGUAGCAGCGCUGGGCGCCUGCGCCCUGUCCCAGCAUGUGGAUUCGAUGCUGCCACACUUCUACACGUCGUCCGCGCUGCUCGCGGUCGCCCUGCUCGCGGCGCUCGCUUACCCGGUGCAUGGCGCCGUGGCCCCCACCGGCCCCACGGCCUCGCUGCGGCGCGCCCUGCGACGCACGGCGUGUGGCCCCGACGCCGGCACGCUGCUGUGCGCGCCCACACUGUUUGUGCUGGCCGCCACCGGCGCCGUCGUCGACUGCUUCAUCUUCUGCCGCAUGCGCGAGCUCGGCGGUUCGGAGAUGCUCAUGGGAGGGGCGGUGUCGGCGGCCGCCGCUGGUGAGCUGCUGCUGGCCUGGCUGCGUCGCGGCGGCGCCCUUGUGCGCCGCUGCCAGCUCUGCCCCAUCGACUUGAAUGCCGGCGUCACGGCCGCGCUGGGCGUAACAGUGUUCGCUGCGCAGGCACUCGCGUACUCGCUCCUGCGCACGCCGUGGGCGCUGGCGCUAGUAUACGCGGCAUCGGGUCUGGGGGCGCCGCUGGCAUGGCACGCCGUGCUGCGGCGCGUGGGACUCGAAUGUGUGCCGGGCGUCAGUGAGCGGACCGCGCGAUCUGUGGCGCGGGCGCUGGCGGUGGGGCUGGGUGCGGGAGCCGGCGCCGCGGCUGGCGGCGCGCUGGUGCAGGAGGUGGGCGUGGAGCGGACAUUCCAGGGCUGCGCAGCGCUGCUAGCCAUAUGGGCCACAGUGUUUGGACUGGCGCAGGCGCGAGCGCCCAGGCCGAAGGGCCUCAGCUACUCCCGGCUGCUGUCCAAUGAGAGCGACGCGUCGGACUCGGGGGACGAGCGCACGCGGGACUGGCUUGUGCAGGCGCUCGAGGAUGCAGACAAGUGAAGGCUGCACCGCUGAGAGGUUUUACUUUUGUCCAGGGGGGGGGGUGGGUUUGUGGUUGCUGUUGUCAUAUUGGUCAUUUAUUUUGUUUGAGCAGUGUGGGUUAAAUCAUUUUAAAGGUGAAGUGGGACAUUGCUGUGAUUGUUGGGUAAAAUACUUAGAGGUUCGGCGACCAGGAGGAAGACCUUAAUCCACAUGGUGUUAUUGAUGAGACUAUAAUGAUACACCUUAGAGGUGUGGGUCACCAACAAUGUUCCGCUGUUUCAAGAGCGACUCGGGCAACAGAUAACAGUGGCAGCAAAGCAUUACAAAUUUCUAAUUAAACUUUUUUUGUUAAAGAUAAUUAUAACAAUAUUAUCUUAAAUACAAUUCUAUGAGUGUGAGCAUCCCAGUAUGCAUCUGUCACUCAAGGUGAUUAUCAUUUAUUUUGCUCCAGCAGGAAGUUGAUUAAAUAAAUCCCACCCCCCCAACUCACCCACCCUAUAUCUCGAACACCAACGCUGAGCCAGUUCAGGCCAAUUAAUUAUAAUAUUCCCUUUAUCCAUGAAGCCUUACUCUUUUUCACGAUGGUCCUAUCUCAUCUCUUAUUUGGCGAUCCUUCAGGUCAAUGAUGGUCUCUUUCGCAGGUUUUAUUUUACAUGUGUCCUUGGGUGACAGAAGAGUUCAAUCCUUGAAAAGAAAACUCGUUGACAAACAUUGUAGGUGGUGUGGGAUAGGCAGAGUUGGGCCUCGUUUGCCACAGGACAGUUUUCUGUUCUUUAUUUCCUGGCUGUUUUUGCGACCAGGGCAAGGCGAUUUCCCUCAAAAGUAAUUGCCACAUUGCCCCGUCUUGGCCUACUGUGUGUGGUGCCGGUGCCACAUCUCUUGAUGUUUGUCUUGAGGGUAUCAUUUGUUUUGGCCUCCCCGCUUCCUUUCUACUCUGAUUUGGGCAUACAGCCAGUAUUUUGAUGAAGCAUACGCACACAGUCCCCACUGCACUCAACUGGUGCUAGGGUAAUCGAGGCUUCAACACUGACGAUUUUGGCCUCCGUGAGGACACCGAUCCUAUUGCAGCAACGAUCCUUCCAAUUGGUGUUGAGAAUCUUCCGAAUUAUUGCCGGUGCUGGCGUUUUAGGUUUUUCAGGUGUUUUCCUUAAGUCACCCACAUCUCACAGCUAUAGAGAAGAGUUGCAAUCACCAACACAUUGUAAACUAAACAUCUAGCGUGUGUCUUCUUGGUUCUUUCGGUAUAGUCACGCAGAAU